AUGAGCGCUCCCCAAUCCUCUUCCAUAUUCACAUUGAGCCACGACUCAAACCUACAAGAUAUCUUGGAUGCCAACAGCAAAUGGGCCUCUCAGAUGAAUAUCGUUCAACCAACUUUGUUCCCUGAUCAUAAUGGUAAGGGCCAGUCCCCUCACACUCUUUUCAUCGGCUGUUCCGAUUCGCGUUAUAACGAAAACUGUUUAGGCGUCUUGCCCGGCGAAGUUUUUACCUGGAAAAACGUCGCUAAUAUAUGUCAUUCAGAGGAUUUGACUUUGAAGGCCACUUUGGAGUUCGCUAUUAUCUGUUUGAAAGUGAACAAGGUCAUCAUUUGUGGCCACACCGAUUGUGGGGGUAUCAAGACAUGUUUAACCAACCAAAGAGAAGCUCUGCCCGAGGCCAAUUGUUCACACCUUUAUAAGUACUUGGAUGACAUUGAUACCAUGUACCAUGAAGAGUCGCAAAACUUAGUCCAUCUGAAAACAAAACGUGAGAAAUCUCAUUAUUUGUCGCAUUGCAACGUCAAAAGGCAGUUUAACAGAAUAAUUGAGAACACCACCGUGCAAACCGCUGUACAAAAUGGAGAAGUGCAAGUAUACGGCCUGCUUUACAACGUAGAAGAUGGUCUACUGCAAACUGUUAGCACAUACUCAAACGCCAUUCCAAAACAACCUUAG